AUGCUAGGUUUUCGAUAAUUAUCAUCUAAAUACACCAACUUUUUCAAAAAGCUUAUAGUAAAUAGCUUCAAUAUCUUUGGCAUAUAACCUAAGCUAACAAUCACAAAAGCUAAAUCAGUAAACACAUUUUUUGGAUCAACAUUUACUAUUUUAUUAAUGGUCAUAAUAAUUGCAUUAUUUUUAUAUGAUCUGUAGGAAUUCACUUAAAGAGAAAAACCAAAUGUAAUUCAAUCUGAAAUUGAACUAGAUACAAAUAAAGUAUUAUAUAUUUAAUAUCUUAUUAAGGAAUACCCUCUUGAUUAAUCUAAUUUCACAUUAGCAUUGGCAAUUUACAAUAAAGAUUUUAUACCAAUAGAAUAAAUGGAGAGAUACUUUACAUUAUCAAUUUAAUACUGCAAAAAAAUCAAAAAUAAUCUCUAAAAUCCUAUUCUAAACUCUAAAAAGUAAAAUCCUAAUAUAGAUUAGAUUAUUAGUUGUACAUAAUUAGAAACAGUACCUUGUCAAUAGAAUAACUUUUAGAAUUAAGACUUAAAUAAAUACUUUGUUGGAACUAAUUUAAGCAAUUAUAUGUGUAUAAAGAAUAAUUAGUUUGAUAUUCUUAAACCAGUAAUAUUUGAAGAAUAUAUUUAGAGUUUGUAAGGAAUAAUUUCAUCUGAUACGUACCAUUAUUUGACAAUAAAACUAUCAAUAUGUAAAAAUAACACUGAAAGAUAAGAUUGUUUUCCAGAAGAGAAUAAUAAAAUAUAACUAUUUCAAUCUUAUUAUACUUACUAUCUUACUGAUAAUUUAUUACAAUUAGAGAAUUAUUAAAAUCUAACUAAAUCAAUAUUAAGAAGCUAAAACUUUCAAAUUUUAAAGAAUUAUUAAAGAUAAAUUAAAUAAUAAUAUAAAGUAGUUGAAUGUGUUGUGGAUAAAUCAUUUAUAUAUAUAUAAAAAGAAUCUACUAGUCGUUUAUAAUUAUAAGAUUAGAAGGAAGUACUCAUUUUUGAUCCUUCUGAUAUUGUAAUAAAUUAAGAAAUUGAUUUGAAUUAUAAGUAAACUAAGGUUAGUAUAAAUUACACAAAAGUUUCAACAUUUUUAAGUAAAUUUGGGGGAUAUAUUGUAAUUAUUUAUAUAUUCUUUGACAUUUUAUUAAUGCCUCUCAAUAGAUUAUUGUAUUUGUUAUAAUUGACAAAUAAAAUUUUUCGAUUUAAAGUACUCUAAAAUGAUUUUAUUAUUUGUUAAUAAGAAAAUGAACAAGUAAUACAAAAAUCUGCUUAUUUGUAAAAUAUUGAAAGUCCAAAUUCUUAUUGUUGGGCUAAUGUUAAUGAAAGUUUACUGCUUUAAAAUUCUAGAAUCUAUACUUACUUAGAAAAUUUAAAAGCUAGUAUAAAUUUGACUUGGACAUAAACAAUUUCAAUUUUAUUUGGAUGUAGUAAAGAGAAAAAAAAUUAAUUAAAACAAGCAGAAAUUAGAUUAAAUAAAAAAACAGAUAUAACCUAUUUAGUUAAGAAACUAAUGGAAAUUGAAAAAUUAAAAUAUGUACUUCUUAAUGAUGAUCAAUUAAACUUAUUUAAUAGCAUUGAAAAACCUAUAUUAUUUGUUGAUGAGAAAAUAAAAAAAAAUAAAUAAAAAUAAUAUUUUGAUGAUGAUUCGAAAAUCAUAAAAAUAUAAAAAGGUUUUAAAUCUUAUGUUAGUAUAUAAGUAAAACCAUAAAAAGGAGCCACUGACUUAAAAUUAUUAUCUUUACUUGAUAGUGAUAUAAUUAAUCUUUAUGAAUAAUUAUAUCGAGAUCUAACAUUUAAAUCAUUUUUCUAAAACAUUGCUUUAAAAGAAUCGAAAACAUUCAAAUCUAAAAAAGAUUCAAAAGAAGCAUCACCAGAUUAACAUAUACAUAAACAUAUCAAAUUAUAGACCAAUGCUGAUUAGUGA